UGCGAGUCCUGCAGGACUUGCAGCAAGCGUGGGGGCAGAAUUUCUCUGGGUGGGUGGCUGGGGGGGACUGCAGCUUGGCCUCCAAUGUGACCUGCGAUGCCCAAGGCAUGGUGACCAACAUUUGGCUAAGUUACAGACAAUUAACCGGAUCCAUUCCAGAUUCCAUCAGUGCCUUGAACAGGAUGACCUAUCUAGCUCUUAGCGUCAACGCUCUGAGUGGGUCUAUUCCAUCCACCAUCGGCAAAAUGAGCAGCCUCAAAAGAUUGGAUCUAUGGAACAACAAACUGAAUGGGUCUAUUCCAUCCACCAUUGACAGCAUGAGCAACCUUACACACCU